AUGGAAUGUUUAAACAGUAAUCAUUUCGUUCUUGAAUUAUUUGAACAUAAAAAUUUUCACUUGUUUAGAAAUAUGUGUUUUUUAUUAUUAAGUUAUUUUUUAAUACAUGGAUUUUGUAGUAUUAACGCAUCUGGUAGUUGUUUUUUAUUACAUAAAGAAAAAUGUUACAAAUCAAUGCAAACCAGACACGCUGGCAAGAUUAUUCCGAAAACGUAUUUGCAAGCAACUGCAAUAAUGGAAUAUCACAGACGAAUGCUUCAUAAUUUUAUGGUACUGAACUAUGUUGCCAGAAAUAUGAUUUCUUUGCAUGAAGAGAGAAUUCCAUAUGAAGACAACCGAGUCAACUUGUGGAGUGAUGAACAAGAUGAAAGGAAAAAUCCGGAGGACGACACUUUAAAUGAUGUAGAUAUGUUGAAAUAUAUAUUAUGGCUAAAAAGGAAUUAUAAUAACCGCACUGGAAGAUAUCGGCGAUUUCCUAAUACCUUUCAUAAGAGGCAUCAGGAGUUAGAUAUCGUAAACAUUACAGGCUACGCACUAUAUCAACACCCAUAUAAAUAUAAUAGGAGUGUAUAUUUAGUUCCAAAGCAUACAGCGAGACAUAUUUUCAUAGAUCCUCACGCAAAAACAAAAACUA